AUGCCACAGCGCCCAUAUUGGCAACAUGAGCUGGGGAGUACACCUUUUCGGGGUGAGGUUCCAGCGGAGGUCGAUAAGACUUGUCCUACCAAUUGGUAUGCAGGCAUCUUUGCACAUUUCGAAGCAGAGUUGGCCAACCAAACAGAAAUGGCCCACCAGGGUCCUCUUCAGUCAGUUCACUGUGGGCGAGCUCAUACUAUGAACGUACAGACCCGCUCAGUGCAAAUCCCUCCACUGCGGAAGAGCUGGAAGGGUGAGGAAUCACCUGACUACUUUGGCCCCUCCAAGUUGCAUGCUCAGUGGUUUCGACAGCUCCGAAGAUUGCAAACCUACUACCGUCUCAUUGACAGAGAUGCGAUGACUUCUGCACAAUAUCACCAACAGCGGGAUCUGUGGGGAGCCAUUCGGAAUGCAGCUAGAUUUGGACAUGGGUUUGCACACUGGUGGUCGUUACAUGGCCAGAGUGAGGAUGGGGUGAUUUCCGCCCUCCCUUUGAGCCCUCCUUCGUAUGAGCUUGCAUACAUGAUGUUUGACCAUUUCCGUGGAAAAGUUCGAGCCCUGGAGAAUCAGUUGAAAUGGUCUCGGAUUCGACAUGCGCAACACAGACGGGUGGAGGACCCGAGCAUCAUCUUUCGUGACCUGCGAGCCGAACAUGCAAGUUCUGUGGAGGUUUUGAUUGACUCAGUUCAAGGCGAAGUUGAAGAGGUUGACCCCACUGACUCGGCGGUCACAUUACGCCAGGAUACACACUUUCGGUCAGAAUCUCCGAUUGUCCUGGCUGGGAGACCACGAAAAGUCAUCCAUGCGACUCCAGACAAACUUUGGCUUGAAGAUGUUUCUGGUAUCUCCCCAGGGAAUGUUGCCCGACAAGAAAGUGCGACAGGAGACUUGCCUUCCCUCUUCAGAGCUUUUGGUUCGGAAUGGGAGCGGUGGUGGCAUCGACAUGCUGAUACCAUUCCAGGCCGAUGGCAACAAGUUCAAGACGAGCUGGUGCCUUUGCUGCCCUUCGCCGACAUGACGCUGGAUCCAAUUACUCUGGCGCAAUGGCGAAAAGCUGUCCAAAUGAAGAAAAAACGGUCGGCUACUGGGCCAGAUGGGAUUAGCAGAUUGGACUUAUUGCAACUGCCUGAUGGAUUGACCCAGGAGCUGAUUGAUAUUUGCCAUUUUGCUGAACGGUGUGGCAGGUGGCCCACCCAGGCGUUGGUUGGAAUCAUCACAGCUUUGGCUAAAGUCCCGGGAGCUUCUCGGGUCCAGCAGUUUCGACCUAUUACGGUCCUUUCGAUGGUCUACAGAGUUUGGAGCACUAUCCGGGCACGACAAGCUUUGAGUCACUUGGGACGUCUAGCAGGACCUCAGGUGGUGGGCAACUUGCCAGGGAAGACUGCGGGACAAGUCGGGUUUUCAUUGCAACGUCGUUUGGAGCAGGCGCAGAUCUAUGAUCGCCCGCUGGUCGGAAUGGUGGCCGAUUUGGUCAAAGCAUUCAAUGUCUUGCCUCGAAUACCUACCUGGAUGUUGUGCAAUGCAAUGGGUUUGGCUGUCGGCUUGAUUCGUGCUUGGGCUGGUGCGGUGAUUCCGUUGCGUCGUCAUUUUCGAGUCCGAGGGUCGGUAGGUCCAGCAGUGAUAGGCUGUAAUGGGUUUCCAGAAGGUGAUCCUUUGUCCUGUGUGGCCAUGGCCGCCAUUGCCAUUGGAUUUGAUUGUUGGAUGCAAGUGCACGUCCCAGAGUGUGUCCCAACUUCAUAUGUGGAUAAUUGGGAGUUGACUGCACCUUCGCCGGGGGUGUUGGGUCGUGCGCUCAAUCAGUUUCGGGGCUUUGCCGACCUAUUAGCGCUGGAAGUUGAUUGGCAGAAAACGUACACUUGGGCAACCCAUGGCCACCAUCGUACUCAGUUGAAGCAAUUUGAUCUGCCUAUCCAGUUAUGGGCUAAAGACUUGGGUGGGUGUGUGUUCUACGGUCGAAGACAUACCACAGGUCUACAGGCAGCUCGCUUCGAGAGCAUGACACCAUUGUGGGGCCGUUUGAGGAUUUCCUGUGCACCUUUGACCCAGAAGUUGCGCGCCCUUCGAUCACGCGUGUGCUUCGGUGAGGAUUACAGAGCAACAAUAUGCCUCCUUACGCGCCGGGGCUGUCCGUGGUCUUCAGCUGGAUAA